AUGGUGUCAGAUUCAUCCCCCCAAGCGCCCUACACACUGCAUAUGGAAGAGGUGCCCACACUCAGCAGCCGCUGGGCCACUACUAAUAAAGAAAAUCUCUCAGACUUACACAAGAAAACAGAUGUACUGCAAGGGCAAAGCUCCAAAAUCACAAGUCACAAUUCUUCAGUAAGCAAGAAGGAGAAUUUUCAGAGUUAUCAAGAGUUGCCAGAGGAAAAAAUCGAAAUAGGUUCAGAUCCAACACUGCUUGGAGAUACAGAUGUAAACAAAAGUGCCUCUCUGCCUGCCGAAGAACAGCCUGAUCCACCUGAUGGCCCCCUUCCUGGCUCAGUCAGUGACCAAGAAAAGAAAGUAAGAUCAUCUCCAGCCAAAAUGUCAACUAAGAAUUCUACAGAUCUAGUUGAAUAUGUUGACAAGGCUUGCCCCUUUCUUCCUGCCAUGCCAAGCAACCAGACAAGUCAGCUAGAAGACAGGCUGAAUAACCAGGAGCGCACCAUAGCCUUCCUCCUUGAGCAGGCCUUCCGCAUCAAGGAAGACAUCACAGCUUGCCUCCAGGGAAGCCAGGGCUUUCGAAAAGAAGAAUCUCUUGCCAGGAAGUUACUAGAAAGUCACAUACAGACCAUCACCAGCAUCGUCAAGAAACUCAACCAAAACAUUGAGCUCCUAGAAGACCAAAUAAGAAUCCGAGACCAGGCGGCCACAGGAACUAACUUUGCAGUGCAGGAUCUAAACAUCAAACACAUACAAGGAGUUGGAGACCUUCGGGGAAGAGUAGCCAGAUGUGAUUCAAGCAUUGUGAAGCUUUCCGGAGACAUCCAGUUCAUCAGGCACGAGUGCCGACAGACUGAGAAAUCAGUUCAAGAACUCAUUUCUGCCUUAGAAACCAUUUCUAAAAACUUGGAUGUGAAGGUAAUGCAGCUCUUAGGAAAGAUAGAGGCCUCUACUUCUGAGCACAACUCAAAUUUAAAGAUGGUCCAAGGAGAUUAUCAGCAUGAAAUGAACCUCUUGGGAUUCAAAUUUAACUCACUUUCUACAAAUAUAUAUGAAGAAGUUGAAAACAAUCAAAAAUGGACAGAAAACCAGUUUAUCAAGUACAGAAAAGACCACCUGAGCCACAUGAAUGAAUGUCUGAAGGUUGUGCAGGAAAAGCUGGAAAAGUCUGAGAAUAAGAUGGAAGAAAAAAUGCUUCAACUUUCAAGCAAGUUGGAGAAUUUUAUUAAUUCUCAGAAACAGGAGGCAGAAGUAAACAAAGCGAAGGCCAUAGAAAAUAAAGUAUCCAAGAAAAUGAGUCAAAUAGAGAGGCGGAUCUGGGCGGAACUAGAGAAAAUGCAAAACGACUAUCAGUCAGGAUUUAAAUCAAUCCACGACUCCCUCAAUUCUCUCCAACAAAUACAGAAAACAAAAAUGGAUUUAGAGAAACAUAAAGUACAGAAAGACCUAAAGAAAUUACAGCGUAAAAUAGUGGAACUCCAAGAAGUGUAA